AAUAUUCCAGGCCAUUUCCUGAUACUGACGGUGAUGAUAUAGUGAUAUCCGGAAUGUCUGGAAAAUUUCCGAACUGCCGCAACAUAUCUGAAUACAAGUAUAAGCUCUAUAAUAAGAUAGACAUGGUUGACGAUGAUGAACGCCGUUGGCGUCAUUUUAAUCCGGAAAUACCAAAAAGAUCUGGAAAAAUUGGUGAGCUCGAAAAGUUUGACGCAACUUUUUUCGGAGUCCAUUUUAAACAGGCCCACACAAUGGAUCCGCAAACACGAAUUCUAAUUGAGACGGCGUACGAAGCUGUAAUAGACUCAGGAGUAAACCCGAAAAGUCUACGUGGAUCAAAAACUGGAGUGUACAUAGGCUCUUGUAUAUCUGAGUCCGAGAAAACAUGGUUUUAUGAAAAGGUUUCUUCCGGCGGGUUUGGAAUCACUGGCUGUAGUAGGGCUAUGAUGGCUAACAGAAUAUCGUAUUGUUUGGGACUAGAGGGUCCUUCGUUUUUACUAGAUACAGCUUGUUCUAGUUCGAUGUACGCUUUAGACAACGCAUUCAGCGCUAUUCGAAAUGGAGAAAUUGAUGCUGCAAUUAUUGGUGGAUCAAACUUACUACUUCAUCCUUUUGUUACACUUCAGUUUGCACGACUUGGCGUUUUAGCACCAGAUGGCUUUUGUCGCCCCUUUGAUAAAAAUGCUAGUGGUUACACUAGAUCAGAAACUAUUAAUUGCCUAUUCUUACAAAGAAAAAAAGAUGCUAAGCGAGUUUACGCAAGUGUGGUUUAUUCGAAAACCAACUGUGAUGGAUACAAGCCAGAGGGAAUAACUUAUCCGUCGGGUAUAGUACAGGAGAAAUUGCUUGAUCAGUUUUACAAGGAUAUUGAUCACAAACCAAGUGAGUUGGGUUAUUUGGAAGCUCACAGUACGGGAACGGUCGUCGGUGAUCCAGAGGAGUGCAAAGCAAUCGAUAAUGUUCUAUGCAGUCAAAGGAAAAAGCCAUUGCUUGUUGGUUCCGUGAAGUCAAAUGUUGGUCAUUCAGAAGCGGCUUCUGGAAUCUGUUCCUUAAUAAAAGCUUGUUUCGCCUUUGAAUCUGGGUUAAUUGCACCAAAUAUAAACUUUACGGAGGUUAAGCAAGUAAUUUUACCCUUAGCUGAGGGAAGGUUGAUUGUUGUAAAAGACGUAACUCCCCUACCAAACCCCUUUAUUGGUAUUAACUCAUUUGGUUUUGGUGGAGCUAAUGCACAUGCACUUUUAAAGGGUUAUCCUAAGUCCAAAACUAAUUUUGGAUUGCCACAAGACGAAGUUCCGCGGCUACUCACUUGGGCAGGAAGGACGGAGGAUGCUGUUGAAGAGAUUUUUAAUGCUGUAGAGAAAAAUCCCUUGGAUGCUGAGUUUAUUGGACUGCUUCAAAAUAUUCAAGAAGAAGAUGUUUCUGGUAUGGUAUUCCGAGGGUAUGCGGUAUUCGCCAAACAAGGAGUUGAACCAUGUGGAGCAUUGAUAAGAGAUAUUCAACAUUACACUGGCCUUCAACGCCCGAUCGUCUGGGUAUAUAGCGGAAUGGGAUCGCAAUGGUAUGAAAUGGGGACAUCACUUAUGAUAAUUCCGCGAUUCCGGGAAUCAAUUAACAAUUGUCAUCAGACGUUGCUGUCGAAAGGCCUUGAUCUUAUACAUAUAUUAACAUCCAAUGAUCCGCAAAUUUACGAAAACAUUUUGCAUUCAUUUGUGGGGAUAGCAGCCGUGCAAAUAGGACUAACAGAUGUCUUGCGCUCUCUUAAUUUUCAACCCGACUAUAUUAUUGGACACUCUGUUGGUGAAUUGGGCUGCGCAUAUGCGGAUGGUGGGCUGACUGCUCAACAAAUGAUAUUGGCCGCCUAUUAUCGUGGUAGAGUUAGUGUGGACCUAGAAAAAAUUCAGGGUUCAAUGGCAGCAAUCGGCGUUGGAUAUACAACUAUUCUACACAUGCUGCCAAAAUCAAUUGAAACAGCGUGCCAUAAUGGCCCGGAUUCUUGCACAAUAUCUGGACCAUUGGAUGAUGUUUCCCAAUUUGUAGCUGAGUUAAAAGCAAAGGGAAUUUUCGCAAAGGAAGUUCCCUGUUCAAAUAUUGCAUAUCAUUCUAAAUAUAUUGCACACAUGGGACCUCCAUUAUUGCAAUAUAUGAAAGAAAUUAUCCCAAAUCCUAAGACUCGAACUAUGAAGUGGUUGAGUACUAGUGUUCCUAAAAUUGAUUGGGAUAAGGAUCAAGCCAAAUUUUGCUCAGCAGAGUACCAUACCAAUAAUUUACUAAAUAGUGUACUUUUUGAUGAAACGUUUUCAUUGCUGCCAAAAAAUGCAUUGACUAUUGAAGUGGCGCCCCAUGGACUUUUAGGUGCUAUUCUUAAACGGUCAAUGCCCAACGGUGUUCAUAUUCCUCUAACAAACAGAGGUAACAAGAAUAAUGCGUUGUUUUUUCUAUCGGCCCUGGGAAAGAUAUAUCAAAAUGGCGUUUUAUUACCGGUUGCUAACUUAUAUGAAAAAAUCCAAUUCCCUGUAUCGCGUUCAACGCCCAGUAUUAGCUCGCUUAUUCGCUGGGAUCAUAGUGAAGACUGGUUCGUGACGAAAUACGAAAAUAUGAAGACCAAAUCUAGCGGAGAGCGUGUGUUUCCAGUAAAUUUGGCGAGUGACAAUGAAGAAUUUAUGAGUGGACAUAUAAUUGACGGAAAAAUUCUUGUACCAGCAACGUGUUAUCUUCAGUAUGUUUGGGAAACGUUCUCACUUAUGUACCACGGGCCGAGUUAUAUGGAUGUACCCGUUGAAUUCGAAGACAUACGUUUCAUAAGAGCUACAAGUAUGCCACUUAAUGGAAAAGUAGACUUAACAGUUAUGAUUCACUAUGGCACCGGCCAUUUUGAGAUAACUGAAGCGGGUAACUUAGUUGUUAGUGGAAUUAUCCGUGAGACUGAAAGCCCCACUAUUCCGGAAGUAUACAAUUUUCAAGAUAAAUCGGAGUUUCCGAUGAUUGCCAAAAGAGACUUUUACAAGGAGCUAAGAUUACGUGGCUAUCAUUACAAUGGCGCAUUUCAAGCCGUUCAAAUGGCUCGAUCAGAUGGUUUGUUCGGAAAAGUUGAAUGGAAUUAUAAUUGGGUAACCUUCAUGGAUGCUAUGCUUCAAAUUCAAAUUUUGGGGACUGAUUCACGAACUCUUUUAUUACCAACCAAAAUCCGGAAACUAAAAAUAAAUGGCGUACAUCAUUUCGACUUAAUGACAAAAAUGAAUCCUGACAAUCGCGUUUUUAAUGUGUAUAUAGAUCACAUGUUUGACCGUAUUAUAGCAGGAGGAAUAGAGCUUGUCGGACUACAUGCCAGUCCAGUGCAAAGGCGUAGACCUCCUGGUAUUCCAGUCCUCGAAGAAUAUAGGUUUCUUCCACUUUCUCCGUCCCCAAUUCUUUCCAUUAAAAAUGCUGCCCGUGUUUGCGUUCAAAUCGCUCUUGAGAAUAAUCCUUCCCUAAAAAUGAAGCUGGUCGAGUUAGACACGGAUGGAAGAAAGACAGUGUUAGCUGAAUUUUUAGAAGCAAUUGAAGAUUUACCUGUCAUAACUGGAGACGGCAUUCUAUUGACAUCUCAAAAACUAGAAAACAUUCCAGGCCUUCAUAUUGAAAAUGGAACGUUGUCUUCUCAAACAAAUUGUAAUUUUGUCUUAAUGGGAAGGCUUGAAGAAGAACAAUUACAAGAUAUAAUUGCAACUGCACAUAGGGUGCUAGUCAAUACUGGAUAUUUGUUGCUUAGACAAAAUUCUACGGCGAAUAUUUUGGCAUUGGAACAAUUUAGAACGAUUGCAAUUAUUCCGAUUGAUAACAACGAGGAAACAUUUGUUUUAAUGCAGAAAAUAUCACAAAAACUAUCAGCUAACCCAGUUUUGGUUAAAGUAUCUCAAAAGGAUAAGAAUUUUGAUUGGAUUGCAGUGUUACAAUCAGCGAUAAACUCAAAAGCCCCGGUUAUUGUGUAUUCAUUUAAUGAAUCAUUGAAUGGAGUUAUUGGAUUGGUUAACUGUUUAAGAAAAGAGCCAGACGGUAAUAUGAUAAGAUGUUUUUUUAUUGACGACCCAAGUGCUCCAGAGUUUGACUUGUGUCACCCUUUCUAUUCCACUCAGUUUUCAUUGGGAAUGGCAUUGAACAUCUAUCGUAAUGGUUCUUGGGGAAGCUAUAGACAUUUGAAAUUGUUAAAAAAUGAGAGUCCAAUGACCAGAUUAGAUCAUAUUUAUGGAAACGUCAUUCAACGUGGAGACCUAUCCACUUUACAAUGGCUAAAAGGACCUUUUAAUUCACAAAAUUGCCAGAUUAAAGUAGCGUUUUCUUCUCUAAAUUUUCGAGAUGUAAUGCUUGCAACUGGUCGGUUAGCGGUUGAAUUAUAUGGAUCAAGUCGCAUAGAUCAAAACUGUGUUUUAGGUUUUGAGUAUUCUGGCAUAAAUGUGGUAACAGGACGAAGAAUAAUGAGCAUGGUUGUUAAAGGAGGUGUGGCUUCCUAUAUUGAAAAACCAUCAAAACUUAUUUGGGAUAUUCCUGAUCACUGGUCAUUAGAAGAGGCAGCUACAGUGCCUGUAGUAUAUAUAACUGUCUAUUAUGCGUUUUUUAUGAUUAGCGACAUACGAAAAGGAAAAAGCAUUUUAAUACAUGCAGGUACUGGGGGCAUUGGUCUAGCCGCUAUUCGAGUGGCGUUGGCCUAUAACUUGGAGGUUUUUACAACAUGCAGUACUCCAAAAAAAAAAAAAUUUUUAUUGGAUACCUUUCCGCAACUUAAAGAGUCCAACAUUGGAAAUUCUCGAGAUACAUCAUUUGAGCUUAUGGUUCAGCGUGAGACAAAUGGAAAAGGUGUGGAUUUUGUGCUGAACUCUUUAUCAGAAGAAAAGCUGCUUGCUUCAAUACGUUGUCUUGGUAAGUCAGGAAGGUUUUUGGAAAUCGGAAAAUUUGACAUGGCAAACGACAACAAGAUUGGAUUAGGGUCCUUUUUAAAAGAAAUAACUUUUCAUGCUGUUCUUGCUGAUAGCCUUCUAGUGGCACCUGAUCAAGAUAUUUGGCAUUUAAAAGCCCUUAUCGAUUCUGACAUUUGCAAUGGAAUAAUUCAACCAUUACCGGUUAAAGUGUUUCCGGCUCAUGAAAUUGAACAGGCUUUUAGACAUUUGAUCGGUGGCAAGCACAUUGGAAAAGUUGUUAUUCAAGUUCGAGAAAAGCCGGAUGAUCUAUCAACUUUACCUGUUCGAGUGCUUAGUCAAGUUUACUUUAAGCAUAAUCUUACUUAUGUCAUCCCUGGGGGUCUGGGAGGUUUCGGAAUGGAAUUGGCUGAUUGGAUGACUCUUCGUGGAGCACGAAAACUCGUGCUGAGCUCUAGCCGCGGAAUUAAGAAAGACUAUCAAUCUUUCAGGAUUGCGCUAUGGAAGACCUAUGGCUGUGAUACCGCCGUCAGCACCGCUGACAUUUCAUCGAGAGAGGGGUGUCGUCAACUACUUUCUGAAGCUGCUGCGUUGGGACCAGUGGGUGGAAUUUUUAAUUUGGCUGUCGUGUUAAGAGACAGCAUUUUUUCUAACCAAAACGCAAAUCAAUUUAUAGAAAGCUUUGCACCAAAAGCUAUUGCGACGAAAUAUUUGGAUGAGCUAUCUCGGAUUUCUUGCCCCGAGUUGGAGCAUUUCGUAGUUUUUUCAAGUGUUUCUUGCGGACGGGGAAAUGCUGGCCAAGCCAAUUAUGGAAUGGCUAAUUCAGUAAUGGAACGUGUAAUUGAGUAUCGCAACAAAGACGGCUUGCCAGGCAAAGCUAUUCAAUGGGGAGCAGUCGGUGAAGUAGGCUUAGUAGCUGAUAUGGCAGAAGAAAAAAUAGACAUGGAAAUUGGAGGCACCCUCCAGCAAAGAAUUUCAUCGUGCAUUCAAGAACUUGAUCAUUUACUGAGUUCCGAUGCAUCAAUUGUAUCAAGCAUGGUCGUUGCUGAAAAACGAGUUGGGCGAUCAGGAAAUGAAAGUAUUAUUGGUGCCGUCAUGAAUAUUAUGGGAAUAAGGGACCUUAAAUCAGUAUCUUUAGGAACAACACUAUCAGAAAUGGGUAUGGACUCAUUAAUGGCUGUUGAAAUUAAGCAAACCCUAGAGCGUGACUUUGAGCUAAUUUUAUCACCACAAGAUUUACGACUCCUCACUUUCCAAAAACUUCAAGAGUUUAUUGAGGCCAGAGAAAAAGAGAAUACAGAUGGAAUCAAAAAGAUUUUUGCCUCAGAAAGUAAGCUCUUAGGGAUGGACCUACUGAUACGAAACCUAGGCGACGAAACAAACUGUGAUCGUAUAAUUAUCCCGCUUAAGACCUCCGCAUCUCCUUCAAAACAGAGUCUUCCACCAAAUAUUAUAGUACCUGGACUAGAGGGUACAGCUGGACGUGCAUGGUAUCAAGUUGGCUUGAACUUGCAAAGCAGGGCUGUUGUACUACAACUUCAUCAGUUCGCACAUUUGGAAAAUCUUAAAGAUUUAGCACAACAGAGUUUUGAACAAGUUAAACCCAUUUUAAAGCAAACAGAACCUUUUUAUUUAAUCGGAUACUCAUAUGGAACAUUUUUAGCUUUACAGCUAGCUGAGUUGCUUGAAAAUUGCGGUUUUCGUGGACAUAUAAUGUUGAUAGAUGGAGCACCUCAUUUUUUAAAAAAGCUAACUAAUCUGCAUUUGGGUGAACAGUUUUCGGAUAACGAUCUUUAUGAUCUUCUUUUUUCUAGUAUUGUUAAUCAGAUAUUUCCUGAAGAAACCAAAGAAUCGAUGUCUGAAGUUUUUCAUAAAGUUGAAAGUCUCUCAGAAAAAAUGUCAUUGUUUAUGGACUAUGUUAAAAAACAGAAUAUAUACAGCAAAGAAUACUCUGCGACAAUGGUGGAAGCCAUGUUCAAGAGAGUUAAAAUGGCCGCUUCCUUUGAUUUAAAUAAUCUAAAAAAAAUUAAAUCGCCAAUUACCUUAGUCCGACCGGCUGAAGUUUCACUGCAAGACAUUGAUGAAGACUAUUGUAUUUCACUACUGACAUCUGGGACAGUAACACUAAAAGUAAUUGAAGGAAAUCAUACGACCAUGUUGGACAAUCCAUCACUAAGCCAGAUAAUAAAUGAUUUUGAUCCGGCCCUGUUAGAGGACAAAAACUUUGAAGAAUAUAUUAGAAAUGACAAGCCCGUUUCCGUUGUGUAAAUGAAUAUUCUAAAAUUGUUUUCUUAAAAUCAUAUAUAAACAGCUGAAACAUCAACCAAUCCUUUUAUGUAUAAUAUAAAUAUUAUGUUAAAAUAUUUCUUUUUAAUUUAAAAAUAAAAAGCCUGAAAUUUGUUGUAACGGAGAAUGUGAAAGUUGGUAAAAUUUAAGUGAAGAACAAGUUUAAGAACAAUCAAGUUGUAACUCAUUCUUAUAUGGGCGCCACCUAACAUCGAACAUUUUAUUUGUGGGCCCAAUGUACAAGGUAUACAAAAGUUUGUUAUGUCUUUUGUAAAUAGCUGGGCAAUACGAAAAUAUUCGUGGUGUAUUAUAACACAAUAAAACGUUAACAUAAAGCUUCAUCGGUGGCUAGCCUUUAAGGUUCCGAAUCCUAAAUGAGACCUGGAGACCGAAGAUCGUAGCAACACUGGUUCCAUUGGGGAACAGCAGAGGUCACGUGAAAAAGUAUACUCAAUAAUAGCUGUUGGCUUACCGGAUCAAAAUCAGCAAAAAUAACAUAAUCUCUGAUUACUGAAGUAUAUUUUAGAAGGUUCGUACAACUCGUAAAAACUUGGGGACCGCUCAAUAUUGUUGAUUACCGGGGAAAUAUAAUGUUUCUCAGAUUUCAGCGUUCAUAAGUACGGACAGACAAACGGACAGACGGACAUGGCUAGAUCGACUCGGCUAGUGAUCCUGAUCAAGAAUAUAUAUAUACUUUAUUGGGUCGGGAACGCUUUCUUCAACCUGUUACAUACUUUGCAACGAAUCUAGUAUACCUUUUUACUCUACGAUAUUGAAAUAAUCGAAAGGUCGGAUCAGGCCUUUGUGCAGGUUUCCAAAUUUUUUUAUAUUUUUUUUUAACCGGCUUCAUUGUCUACGCAAAAAAGGGACCCAGAAUUGGGCUCUCUAGAGUGGAGUCAGUUUUGAUUAGCUACUACUACGCAGGAUGAUUUGGAAUCCCUAAUCCGACAGGAUGGAAGCCAGGAAAAAAUCCAGCGUGAACACGAAAUGGAAAUGGACGAACUUCCGUCCAGACUGAAAGACGAGCUUUUUCCUGGCGACGAUAAUAUCUUUGAAGAACUAAUAGAACCUCAACCACAACCAAUAAACCUAUAUUUAAGUUUGACGGAUGACGAAGAUGAUUAUCCUUUAUUUGAUCUAGAUUGAUAACUAUACCCGUUACUCGUAGAGUAAAAAGGUGUACUGGAUACUAGAUUUCUAUCCGAGUCGAUCUAGUCAUGUCCGUCUGUCCCUCUGAACGCUGAGAAUGGAAUUAUAAUUGGGUAACCUUUUGGGGACUGAUUCACGAACUCUUUUAUUACCAACCAAAAUCCGGAAACUAAAAAUAAAUGGCGUACAUCAUUUCGACUUAAUGACAAAAAUGAGUCCUGACAAUCGCGUUUUUAAUGUGUAUAUAGAUCACAUGUAGGACCGUAUUAUAGCAGGAGGAAUAGAGCUUGUCGGACUGCAUGCCAGUCCAGUGCAAAGGCGUAGACCUCCUGGUAUUCCAGUCCUCGAAGAAUAUAGGUUUCUUAUACUUUCUCCGUCCCCAAUUCUUUCCAUUUAAAAUGCUGCCUGUGUUUGCGUUCAAAUCGCUCUUGAGAAUAAUCCUUCCCUAAAAAUGAAGCUGGUCGAGCUAGACACGGAUGGAAGAAAGACAGUGUUAGCUGAAUUUUUAGAAGCAAUUGAAGAUUUACCUGUCAUAACUGGAGACGGCAUUCUAUUGACAUCUCAAAAACUAGAAAACAUUCCAGGCCUUCAUAUUAAAAAUGGAACGUUGUCUUCUCAAACAAAUUGUAAUUUUGUCUUAAUGGGAAGGCUUGAAGAAGAACAAUUACAAGAUAUAAUUGCAACUGCACAUAGGGUGCAAUUCAAUACUGGAUAUAUGUUGCUCAGACAAAAUUCUACGGCGAAUAUUUUGGCAUUGGAACAAUUUAAAACGAUUGCAAUUAUUCCGAUUGAUAACAACGAGGAAACAUUUGUUUUAAUGCAGAAUAUAUCACAAAAACUAUCAGCUAACCCAGUUUUGGUUAAAGUAUCUCAAAAGGAUAAGAAUUUUGAUUGGAUUGCAGUGUUACAAUCAGCGAUAACCACAAAAGCCCCGGUUAUUGUGUAUUCAUUUAAUGAAUCAUUGAAUGGAGUUAUUGGAUUGGUUAACUGUUUAAGAAAAGAGCCAGACGGGAAUAUGAUAAGAUGUUUUUUUAUUGACGACCCAAGUGCUCCAGAGCUUGACUUGUGUCACCCUUUCUAUUCCACUCAGUUUUCAUUGGGAAUGGCAUUGAACAUCUAUCGGAAUGUAAGUGUAUUUUUUAUUUUUUUCUAUUUUAUAAUAUGCAUGUUUUAUUUAUCUAUUAGGGUUCUUGGGGAAGCUAUAGACAUUUGAAAUUGUUAAAAAAUGAGAAUCCAAUGACCAGAUUAGAUCAUAUUUAUGGAAACGUCAUUCAACGUGGAGACCUAUCCACUUUACAAUGGCUAAAAUGACCUUUUAAUUCACAAAAUUGCCAGAUUAAAGUAGCGUUUUCUUCUCUAAAUUUUCGAGAUGUAAUGCUUGCAACUGGUCGGUUAGCCGUUGAAUUAUAUGGAUCAAGUC